AUGGAGUUUUCUUUAGAUGGUUUGAAAAUCUACUUUCCAUACUCUAGUGUCUAUCAAGAACAACUUAAUUUCAUGAAAGAAAUUAAGUUGGCACUGGACACUGGUGAUCACACUAUUGUUUCAACUUACAAAGAUAAAUGCAAAGGUUCCACGGUUGCUAUGCUAUCUCUGCUAGUCAGUUACGCUGGUUCUAAGUUUGGUGAAUCCAAACAGAUACUCUAUUGCACUAAAGAUUCUGAAAGGAGUGACAAGAUUAUGAAGACGCUCAAAUUCGUCUACGAUCAUCGGUGCACUGUAUUAGGUGGUGACAGUCCAAGCAUCCUUGCGGUCGAGUUUUCCUCCCGCAAGGAAUUCUGUAUUAAUUCUGAUGUGAUUGAAGAAUCUAAACAAUAUGACGAGGAUGCUGAAAAAGACGAGGACAAGUUGGUAGCAGGAUGUAGGGAACAUACUGCAAGCUGGAUUAGAGAAGUGGAUAUAGAGGAUGUUUGCUCAUUUUUUGAUAAAGCUGAAGGUGUUGUGUUGUCUCCUGGUAUUUACGACAUUAAGGAUCUUGUUGAUACUGGAAAUAAACAUGGCUGGUGUCCUUAUUUUGCUACAAAGCAAGCAUUACAAACUGCCAAUGUUAUUGUAUUUGGAUAUGAAAAUGUUCUGGUUCCUAAGAUAGCUGGAGUUGUAUGUAAGGAGCUGAAGAUGAAUUCCAAUUCAAUUGUAAUUUUCGACAAUGCUGAUGAUGUUGCUAAGCUGUGCAGGGAGGCACUAUCGGUAGUCAUAUCUCUGGAUACAGUUAUACACGCAGAGCGAAAUAUAGAAAAAUUAACUAAGGAGUUGGAGAGUGCCAACAAAGACCGGCUACGUAUGGAAAACAAAAGGCUGAUGAAUGGUGUGAAACAUGAAAUCCCUCUCACUGAUAUCUGGCUAGCUAAUCCAGCUUUACCAGAGCACUUAAUAGGACAACCGAUGCCCAACGAAAUCUGUGUCGCUGAAAACUUCCUCCAGCAUUUAAACCAUCUGUUCUUUGAUGAACGACUUAGCUCGCUUCUCAGAACUUUAAAAAUUGACAACACUGAUACAUUCCUCUCCAUACAAAAAGUAUGCCAUUUUGCCACACUAUGGGGAACCUAUUUGGACUACUAUAAUGAAUUUAGAGUUGAAACUGGACCUUGCUCUUCCAUUCAUGAUGAUUAUCCAUCUAAUGAAAAUAUUGUGAAGCUAGCUUGCAUAGACAAUUCCCUCGUCUUUAAAUCGGUUUUAGGCAAAUUUAGCUCUGUGUGUAUCACCCUCAAAGAAGGACCUGCAAAUUCCUUCAUUACCAAGAUGAAACUUGAGGCUCUCUUUAAGUAG